AUGCACUUCCUCUUCAUUGGCGGAACAGGCCGCAACGGCUCUUUAGCCGUUCAAGAGGCUCUAUCCCGCGGCCACACAGUCACUGCUCUCGUCCGCAACACAAACUCCGCCAAACUCCCCUCUCACUCCAACCUCAUCCUCGUUCAGGGAAUACCAACUUCAGAGUCCGACAUCGUCAAGGCUCUCACAACACCUCAACCUCCACAAGUAGUUAUCUCAGCUCUUGCGCAAGUCAGAGUCACAGAGUCACCUUUCGCAGCGCUUCAUCCUGAUACUACACCUGAUUUCAUGGCCGUGAGCAUGCGUGCUCUCCUCGCUGCUAUUUCUCAAGCAAAUAUCUCGCCUAAAAUCGUGGUGAACUCAGCUCAAGGCGCUGGAUCAUCGUGGCGCUCUAUGAAUCUCCCUGGAAAGAUGAUCUUUAGCCACGGAAGCAUGGGGAUUGGGCUGAAGGAUCAUAACGAGGUUGACCGUCUGGUGCGCGAGAGUGGGCUGACUUUUGUUCUUUCUCGCCCUGUUAUGCUUGGUGAGGGUGAAGCCCAGCCUGUCAAGGUUUGGCCUGAUGAUGGAAAGGGCUGUGCUUGGAUGCCCAAGAUUACCAGGGGGAGUGUUGGGAAGUGGCUUGUUGAUGCAGCUGAAAGCAGCGAGUGGGACGGACAAUCUCCUGUUCUUAGCAACUAG